AUGACCUACAAGGAGAGCAGCAGCCAUGAAACUCUCUACGUUGUGUCUGGAGACUGUGCACCACUGCUCAGUUUCUCUGCAGCUUCCCGUCUAGGACUAGUCCAGAUCACGUAUAGUGUGGGAGACGUUACCAACAGACUGGAUCCGAGGAUGGCCUACCCAGACCUCUUCAAGGGAGUGGGCUGUCUAAAGGACUUCCAGGUGCACCUCCAUGUUGACCCCAGUGUCCAACCAGUAGCCCAACCUCACAGACGCAUUCCCUUCUCUAUGCGAAAGCCACUGGAAAAAGAGCUCGAAAGGCUACAGUCCCUUGGCAUAAUCGAAAAGACUGAAGGACCAACCCCCUGGGUAUCGCCAAUUGUCGCAGUACCGAAGCCACAUGACCCCGAGCACAUUCGAAUGUGUGUUGACAUGCGCUGUGCCAACCAAGCUAUCCAGCGUGAGAGACACGUCACACCCACAGUGGACGACAUCUUUGUUGCUUUGAACGGCUCCAUCUUAUUCUCCAAACUCGAUCUGAAAGAUGGGUACCACCAACUAGAACUUGACGCAUCAUCCCGUGUGAUCACCACUUUCUCCACACAUGCUGGGCUCUUCCGAUACAAGAGACUCAACUUCGGAAUCAACUCGGCAGCCGAAGUGUUUCAGGACACCAUCCGUCAGGUUCUAACUAACAUCCCCAACGUGCUCAACGUAAGCGAUGACAUAUUGGUGUAUGGAAAGACUGAGAAAGAACAUGAUAAGGCUUUGAAGGCCACAUUGGAAUGCCUACUUGCAAGUGGUGUCACACUGAACGUCAAGAAAUGCAAGUUCUACCAACGGGAACUUACAUUUUUCGGGCAUGUGUUCUCCAGCAACGGUGUGCAACCGGACCCCACUAAGGUGUCUGCGAUCUUAGGUGCAUCACCACCUUCCAGCGCCACUGAAGUGAAGAGUCUCCUCGGGCUCGUUAACUACUGUGGUCGGUUCAUACCCAACUUGGCCCACCUCACCCAACCACUCAGGAAACUCACGGCCAAAGGAGAGGACUGGUGUUGGACAGACAUACAGCAAGACGCCCUGGACGAACUGAAGAGAAAGCUUUCCGAGGCCACAACUCUCGCCUACUUCGAUCCAGGAAAGAACAUCACACUCAUUGUAGAUGCUGCUCCUCAUGGCCUUGGUGCCAUUCUCACGCAGACAUCCGGAAGCGAAACCAGAGUGGUAGCAUAUGGGAGUCGUGCUCUUUCUCCUGUGGAGGCACGUUACUCUCAAAUUGAACGGGAAAUGCUGGCCGUGGUGUGGGGAAUUGAGCAUUUUCACAUCUACUUGUAUGGGACAGCAUUCCGCCUACUGACAGACCACAAGCCAUUGGUCAGCAUUCUCAGCAACCCUCGCUCCCUGCCUUCAGCACGACUGGAGCGUUUGGCACUUCGAAUUCAACAAUACACCUAUGAAGUGCAACACACUAGUGGUCCAAGUAACCCAUCUGACUACUUGUCUCGACACCCAGUAAACUCCACGUCACCAUAUCGGUGCAUGGAGUCUGUCGCCGAACAGUAUGUGAACUUCAUUGUGUCUCAUAGCCUGCCUCGUGCCAUGACCAGAGAGGAGGUAACCGAAGCAACGCUCGCUGACCCGGUGAUGAACUCGCUCAAGAAAGCCCUAAAGCAACCCCAGCAAAGCAAAAAUUGGAAGACCACAACUCUGAUGCCCUUCUCUCGCGUUGCGACAGAACUGUCAAUUUCUAAAGAAGGCCUUGUGUUAAGAGGCACGCGGAUAGUACUGCCAGCACAACUUCACACUAAGGCAGUGCAUCUUGCACAUCGUGGACACCAAGGCAUUGUCAAGACAAAACAGCUGUUGCGUGAGAAAGUGUGGUUUCCAGGGAUAGACUCUUUGGUGGACCAGACAGUUAAGAGUUGCCUGGCAUGCCAAGCAAACACACCAGUACACCAUCGAGAUCCCUUGCCAAUCCAGGAGCUGCCUCGAGGCCCGUGGACUGAACUGUCGUUAGAUUUUGCUGGCCCUUUUCCUGAUGGCAAGUAUGCCAUGGCAGUGGUGGAUGAUUUCUCCAAGUACCCAGUUGUUAGCAUCCUACACACUCUUGCAGCACCUACAGUCAUCAAGCAACUGCGCACUGUUUUCGCUCAGUUCGGCUGUCCAGAAGUUGUAAAGUCAGACAAUGGCUCACCAUUUCAGAGUGAGAGUUUUGCAGAGUUCGCCAGUGAGCUUGGGUUCAAGCAUCACCGCAUCACUCCACGGUGGCCAGAGGCUAAUGGGGAAGCAGAAAGAUUCAUGCGCACCCUCAAGAAGUCUAUACUUGCAAGUCGUGUCAGCCACUUGGAUUGGACUAUUCAGCUUCAGUCGUUCCUCCUGGCUUAUAGGUCCACACCCCAUAGUUCCACAGGAAAAUCUCCGUUUGAACUUCUGUUUGGGAGACCCAUGAAGAAUCUUCUACCGACACUUGUAGCUGGUACUCACAACUCGGCUCAGUAUGAGGCCAGACAGAAUGACGCUAAAAGAAAAGCAUACAACAAGUGGUACGUCGACACUCGGAGGCAUACAAGUAACAACCAGCUGUGUGUGGGACAACAAGUCCUCUGUAAACAGGACAGGUCAAACAAGUUUUCGCCUUACUAUGACCCACACCCAUACACAAUCACCAAAGUCAAUGGCUGCAGAAUCACAGCAUCCAGAGAUGGAGUGUCGAUUUGUCGCAACUCAAGUUUCUUCAAAGAUGCAAGCACAGUUCAAGUGGAACGACAUCAGGACCCGACCGACAUGCCAUAUCCGGAUGAUGAAGCUGUGCCAAGUAACAGUGACCUUCCAACCCCCAGCAUAGCUGCUCCUGGCCAAGUCAUAUCAGCAGCUCCCAAGACCGUCUCACAGCGGUACCCCCAACGAUCCAGGCAACGACCUAGGCACCUGAAGGACUUCGUGUUUAAGCAAAACUGA